UUUACCUUAUUCUGGGUAGGAGGGCUGAUCACAUGAUGUCUCCGCUGAUCAAAAAUGGCGUUCUAGCAGUGUAGAUUUAAGGGAAAAUUUAGCAGAGGAAUAAAUUUUGAGAAGAAUGAGUCCAACUGAGUAUUUUGAAAAGAAAAAUGAAGUUGGUGAACUAAGAUUAAAACUUCAAAAUGCAAUUACUAAAAAGGAUGGUAGGAUGUGUAAGAGUGUUAUCAAAAAGGUCAUUGCUUUUAUGACCCUGGGAAUUGAUGUAUCCACACUUUUUGUUGAUAUAAACAAUGCAAGUGCGACCAAUGAUAUUGUUCAAAAGAAGUUAGUUUAUUUGUAUAUAUCUAAUUAUGCUGAAUCUAAUCCCGACUUAGCUCUUCUCAUCGUGAACACUUUAAUCAAGGAUGCACAGCAUGAUGUUAAUCCAAUGGUCCGUGGGUUGGCAUUACGAAGCAUGCUAAACAUUAGAGUUCAAAAUUUGGUCCAACAUAUGAAGUCGCCGAUUUUGCGUGGGCUAGUUGAUCGUAGCUCAUAUGUUCGAAGAAAUGCUGUUAUCGCUGGUGUAAAACUGUUUCAUCUUUCUCGUGAAACAUUUGAAGAUCUGGAUCUUCUCCCAAAAUUUUACGAAAUGAUAAGAGAUAGAGAUGAACAGGUCUCUAUAAACGCACUAAUAUCGAUUGAUGAAAUAUUGAUGGACUCUGGUGGGUUUAAAUUUGAUGAAAAAUAUGUAAAAUAUUUCCUCGAGCGACUUUCCACAUACAACGAAUGGAGCCAAUGCAUGCUGUUACAAAGGAUAGUUCACUAUGAAACAGAAGAGGUUGACGAAAUUAUAGAAUAUUUGAAUUUAUUAGAUGAUCGACUGAAGCACGCAAAUAAAGGAGUUGUCAUGGCAACAAUUAACAUAUUUCUUCAAUUUACAAAGAAAUUGGAUUUUAUCCGGAACGACAUCUAUAAGCGAAUUAAGGAUCCAAUGCUUUCUAUGUUAUCCUCACCUUCCUUUGAAAUUGUUUACGCCAUUUUAAAUCAUAUAUCAGUUUUGACCGCACUCAAAGCAAGGCUGUUUCAUGAGGAUUACAAGUACUUUUUUCUUAGAAACAAUGAACCAACAUAUGUCAGACACAAAAAACUUGAAGUGCUUACUGAAAUAGUAACGGAAGGGAAUUUGGAAAGUAUUAUAGAGGAGUUAAGGGAGUACGUCCAUGACGCAGAUCUUGUCAUUUCAUGUACGGCCAUCAAAUGCAUUGGAAAAAUUGCGCUGAAUCAUCAAAUUUCAGUGGAUGUAUGUGUGAACACAUUGAUUGAUAUUUUACAUUUAGAAGUGGAUUACUUGACAGCGAACUGUUUGGAAAUUCUACAAGAGUUGAUGAUAAAAGAUAAUUCUGUGGCAAUGCAAGUUUUACCAGAACUGAACUCGUGCUGGGAACAAGUGGGUGAUCACGCGCUUGGAAAAGCUGCAAUUAUCUGGAUCUACGGCGAAUACGGAGAGGAUAUAUCUUUUAGUCCGUACCAUCUUGAAGAGUUGGUAGACAGAAUCGAAGAAGAGCAUUCACCUGUUGUCAAGCUUAAUUUGUUGACAGCGAUGAUGAAGUUGUUUUUCAAACGACCACCUGAAUGUCAGAAUGCGCUCGGGAAUCUCCUGCAGUAUUGCAUUGAUAAAGAAAAUAACAUGGACAUUCGAGAUAGAGCGUUGUUUUAUUACAGACUGUUACAAAACGUACAAGAGGCAAAAACGGUAGUGAUGUCAAGCUACCACACGUCUACGAAUCCUUCAAUAAAUUUAAAAAGACAAAUAUCCAACAAGAACUUUCGAUUCGUUGAGUUUAACACACUCUCAAUUUUAUACGACCAACCUUCGUCGUUUUUCACAGCCCGUGGUCAAUAUGACGUCACAGAGUGCACGAAACCUCAAGAAUCUCCACCAGAAGAAGAUAGUUAUCUAAAUCGAAAGGAGACUUCUGUUGUUGUUGGUAAUCUCCUUGAUGUAGAUGAAGGGCUUCAACUUGAUACAAAUUAUCGCAUGAAUGGUACAGACUAUCAGCUCCACUGGAAAUCAUUUUCUGCAUGCACCACCGCAACUGAGGAUCUAACAGUUCCACCGAAACACGAGGAAAUUAUUACAGUCAUGAACGAUGCGGGAAUUCAGUUAAUGGCUUCUAGUCCUCAGAGCGCUCCAUCUUGGACGUUCUUUUUCUACGCAAAGGCAACGGACAAAGAAUCUUUAGCGUUAGUCGAACUGCUUGUGUUAAAAACAGAAAAUCGUAUUAGUAUUCAAAUAAAAUGCUCAGAUCCCCAUUUUUUAAACGAGUUUACGGUUUAUUACAAAAAUCUCUUCGUUGGCAAGUGGAUCGCUUGUACAAACUGAAAGAAGGAUAUCUUUUGUAGAUUGUGUUAUAUUUGUAGUUUUAUAAUUAAAUAUUUUUGCGCUAAAUAAAUAUAUAUUAAUUAAUAUUUUAA